GACUGAGUGAGGCACGAUUCAGUGUAAAAAUGAAGAUAAAAACAAAAUAAAAUGUUUAAAAAACGAUUCGUAUGUGCAUGUGACAUGCAACGUUGCCUCGUUCUAUCGUUGCCUAAUUCAUACUGGAGAUAUGGUGUAUUCGGUCGCAUAGCUAAGGCCCAACAUCAAAUCAUUUUUAACGAUCACAAUACGGUUGUGUUUGUUUGUAUUUGUGUGCGUGUGCCAGCACUGCUGGCAUUCCACAACGUGACUUGAGGCUAUGCUGGUUGCUGUGUGUAUGCGUUUCGAAUACGUUUAAAAUGUAGUAUUGAAACGAAACAGAGAUAGACAGAGACGAGGAAAAUCGAAAAUGUGCUGCAUAAUAUUAUGCUUUUUAGUCGUCGACGUAAUUGUGUUUGUGCGUUCAUAGGAAACCAAUUUGUGGCAUGUGUUUGUGCGAUCGAAAUAUAUCGGGUAUAACGUUUUAUGCAUUGCUUUGCUCGUCCGUAGCCCGAAAACAAACGAAAAAAAAACAAAUGUAGAAGAAGAAAAUAAAGCUGAACUGAAACACCAGAAUGAAAUGAGACACAAAAAGAAAGAGAGAAAACAGCUGUAUCUGUGCAUACAAGAGACAAGCAAUAAUAUUCACUAAAUGCCAGAUUAUUCACCAACACACACUGUUGUCAUUAUGUACGCUGAGCGCGCAGCACUGUGCAAAGUGUCUCUCUGCCAUAUUUCUCAAUGCAUCUCGCUCGAUCUGUCGUUGUGUGCAUACGACCGCAAUAACGAGAAGAAAGAACAGAACAGAAAAAAAAAAUAUACUGAACAAGCAUUUUGUUUGCUUCACUCAGAAUGAAUGCACUCUCUGUUCAUUCUUCAAUUUUAUCCGUUUAUUUUUUUUCCUUCGCUUGCAGUGAAACGAGUGCUGGGUCAUUUUUGUUUAUUUUUUUUUACAGGAAUUUUGCUCCUUUUACACACUGUGAUUUUUUUCCGUUCAAGCGCAUCGAAUGAGUCAAAAGUGAUAUUCGUUUUCAAUGGAUCGUGCUGCGCCCGAAAAAUAAUUCACUGUCCUGCUACUGGCAGCAAUAGACAUUUUUGGCGACCGUCAAUGAGCAAUUUGACAUGCAAUAUUUCAUCUUUUUUUCUGUAGAUUCGACCAACAGAUAGCUGCAUCAAAUCAUUUUUCAUACGAAAUCAUUCACUCUUCUUUAAUCGCCAUUGAUGUGGAUGUGCCAGUUGCUGUAUGAUGAUGAAUGUUUUACCCGAAAUUAUUUCUAAUUCAUCUUCAUCAAAAUGCUAUAGAACAAGGGAAAAAUGACAUAAAACCUGAAUCAACCAGCUGACAAAUUAUUCAAAAUGCACGUUUCGACCAUCAGCCAAUGUCAAAUCAUUUGACCGUUUUUAUUCUCUCGCAUUUUGAACAUUUCGAAUUUUCAUUUGAAAAAUAAUUUAUGCGAGCGGUUCUUUUUUUCAAGUUCAAUCGUUAUGAUUUCAGGCCCAUUGUUUCGGAAUGACCACUUCGUCGUAUGGUGCACUGAAUACGCACACGUGUACGCAUAUGCCAUACAUUUUGUUGAAGAUCCGAAGUGAAAGCAAAAGAAAAACAUGUAACCGGAUAUUCACAUGAGCUAACAUUUGUUUUCUUGUUCUUUUCCAGCAAUUUAUCUGCAGUGUGGAAACGGUUUUCUUAUUUGCACCGAUUCAAAUAUCCGAAGAUGUCAAAUAUGUUGCCAAUUUGUCGAUUUUUUGUAGAUGGCGAUGCAAUCGGUUUUGAUUGAAUGAAAUUUGUUUAUUAACGAACCAAUAAACAACUGCAAAUAUUUGGAGAUGCGUCAACCGAGAACAUUCUCUGAAUCAUUCUUUUCUCAAUCAUUUUGAAUCACGUUUUUUGUCUUCAUUUUAAUAAAAUUUAACAUUUUGGCGGUAAAAUGUCAGACGAAAACAUCGAUUUCGAAUUGCGUCGCUUGAAAUUCAUCGAAGCAUGUGCAUAUUAUGUGCGAAUCGCGGCCAUUUCUGUCGAUCAACUGGAAAUGACACAAGAUUUGGCUAGUUUAAUUACCGAACGAUUCAGAGUAGCCAAGCUGGAAUGGGCAAUCGGACCGUUCAAAUUCUACAAACGACUUUUGGACGAAGGAAUGCAAGAAAAAUUGCCUGACUUUGAUGGCAACAUGUUGGAUAAGACGGUUGUUCUGCGGCACAAUUUUCGAUCGAUGGUUAGCCGGGAGGUUCGUGACAAAGAGCUGCUGUUGGCAUCAUCGCAAAAACAAAUUUCUAACGAAAAAGAUACCAAUGGAAAUGAGGUAUGGCAUUCGCCUUUACCGCACCCAGCCAAACAGCAAUCAUCCAUGCCAUCUGCGGCACCGCAUGACUUUUUAAUCGGUUUCAUGGUGCAUAUUAAACCAGAUGUGCAUUUAGAUGAAAUGAUUCCGAUCUGUGCACGAGAUCAGCACCUUUUGUACAACAUUUUCGGCGAUAAAUGGAAAUCACCGGUGGUUAUCAAUGCGUACACCACAGUCAAAGGUCAAACCGGAUUCAUGCACAAUUGGUUGUCCAAUCACAACGGCGCACAAUGAAGCUCAACGUCACGUCAUCGUAAUUGUGUCCGGCCAACCCAACCAGUUCCGCUAUUUACACAAAACGCUUCUUUUUUUUAUCAUCAUCACACAAAUUAAACAACAGCUGGAUGUUGUGUAUUCCAUUUUUCCAAGUGCAUGAAAUACGAUAAAAAAUGUCACUGAAUAUUUUUAUCAGUCAACCAUCAUUCGCUAUUGAAGAGUAGGUUUAAGAGCAUUUUACGCCGUAUUUAAAUACGCGAUAAAAUAAAAUAUCAUUCCCUUGCGUAAGCGCAUUUUAACGACAUCAUAUCAAAGUAUUAUUUACUUUUAAGUUUUUAUCAGCUCGACCGAGAGCAAAAAAAAACUACUUUUUUGGAGGAAUAACGAUGAAACAUCAUUGUUCAGCCAGUAGUAUAUUUUAAACCAAAAUAAUUCCUUUAAAAAGAUUUUCAUAGUUUUAAUUAGAUUUUCAAUCGAAUGUACGAAUCCUUUAUGCCCAAAUAAACUCAAAGGAAACAACAACAAAAA